UUUUUUGGGAGGAAAGCAUUUUCGCUCUACUACUGUUUUCUAUAUAAAUAACAUUUAUUGCUGAAAAUGAUAUUUCUAUUGUGUUUAAUAACUUAUGUGAAUUUCAUUACAUCGAACUCAACGACACAAUCAGAUUACCUUCUACAAGAAGAAGCUAAUACAACAAUCUCAGAUUUGAACGAAGAUUUGACUGGGGAGUUUACAGUUACUGAAAUGUCUGAACCCAUCAUAAAAUCUGAUCAUGAUGCUUCAUCGGUUGAAGAAGUUACUUCAAAUGAACCGAACGAAACAACCACUGAAUCUGAUGAACCUAUGUUCGACAAUGAUCAACACAACGGUGAUAACCAUCAAUCAUCUGAACAUCAUAAUGAUAACCAAGAAAAUCAUGAGGACGACCACGAACACGACCAUAAACAUGAACAUGAGCAUGAUCAUGAACAUUAUCAUGAACACGAAAAUGACUACAACAAGGCAGACAUACAUAAAAGAACCAGAGGUAAACAUUCUGACUCAACUAAUCCAAAAAAAGUCAAUAAGUUAUAAUAAUGUGGAAAAUAAUCCCGAUAAUGUGAGUACAAAUAAAAGAAAUAAUUAAGUUUCUAUGUGUGUAUAUGUGUGUAUGCAUUGACUUUACACCUCCUUACACCACCCUACAACACCCUACUCCACCCUCUAUAACUAUAUUGUCUUUCUAUAUUGUUUUACAAAAUAUAAAAAGUUUUAUUUCAUUUGAAUUCAUAAAAUUUAUUGUCAAUUAUUUAAUCGUGAAAUUAUUUAUUAAAAUUAAUAUUCCAAUUUUACAUUUUACUAUUUAAUUCAUAAUUUAAAUAAUUAAUUAUAAUUUUUUUUUCUUCGUAUCGAAUAUUUGAUCAUUAUCAUUUUAUCAAUGUGUCAAAUUAUAUUGUCACCAAUUUUUUUUGUUUUUUUUUGUUGUUGAA